UGGUCUAAAAAGGCUUAUUAUGAAUUUUUAGGUGUUUUCCCCAAAGAGUUGGGGACUUUUAUGGGUCUAGCCUUAGCUCGAGACAUCUACGACAAUGUCUCUUUAUUGCCCAGGAUUUCAAUGAAGCUAUAAAGGGUUACUCCCUACCUCACCAGAGGCCAGAGGGACUUUGACGUGCCUACUCCAUCAUAGAUUACAUUUUUUUUUUUACAAAUGGAUCUUUAUUGCAGUUUGAACAAUUGGUCACAGAGAGAAAUAAAAUCCUGACUUCAACACAAGAUCAAGGAAACAAUGGAACACAGGAUGACAUCAAACCAUGCUUGGGAAAAUACAAUUAGGGGAAGCACGACACAGAUUGACAUCACUCAAAAAAACAACCAAGUUCUUGAGACAAAGACAGAACAUUUAUAAUCCCUCUUUCUUCCAACCAAACCAAGAGCAAGAAGAUCAGAACAGCUUGUACGAUCAUAGCGAGAUCCAUGGCAUUGAACUCAGCAAGCCAUACGUCGUCUCCUGUGGAGUGCUCAAAGUCAUCCAACACAGUGAAUCUCAAAAGAGAUUGCCUGACGGUGGAAGAGGCUGUGAAACAGAUUGCUCCAAGCUGUGAAGGCUGAGGGGGCCAAGGUAGAGAGGAUAGGUUCAAAGGGGAGCAAGCUUCCAAGGAGAUCCACAGACCACCACAAAAGAACCGAGCUCCACCGCAGCAACCGAAGAUGACUCACCUCUCCACGAUCCGACAACCAUCCAGGCAACAACACCACCUUGGGGAAGACAGAGGGGGGAAGAUGAGAAUGGCUUCACCUUGCAUAUGAGACCACCAACCUUGAAAGAACAACCAUCACAAAGCAAAGAUCAAGCUUCCCAAGCUGCAACCUCUAGAUCCUCAAACGAGCUAGCCUUGAACCUGCAAAAUCCUAGAUCUGGAAUGCCAAAAUGGCUGGAGAGACUGAAAACAUGAAGGUGAAACGCCUAGAAACAAAGGCUUGAAGAUCGAAAAUAAGGCAAGCAAGAAAAGCGAGAAAAAGGAGAAAUUUGGGCUGUCGCCGGUUACCUGAAGGAGUCGGUGGCAGCCAUGAAAGACUGGAAAAAGGAGACUUUUUAGAGAGAAGGGAGAGUAAAUCUGAAAAGGUAAAGUUGUCAUAGAUUACAUUUACUAGACAUGACUUGGUGAAGUUUAUGGUUCCACCUUAAGACUGAGAACCUUGGUGAAUAGUGAAGGGUUUCACCCUACCUAUCAUGAGAAGAUUUAGUGCAUUGUAAUAGAAAUUUGGAUGGUCUGAUCGCUCUUUCUUGAGGUAUAAGGGAUCUCACCCACCUCCGGGAUUUAGAAUUUUAGUGGAGCAUUUAGUUCAACUAGGACAGGUAAAUUGUAAUUUUAGUGGAGCAUUUAGCCAAGUAUUGAUAAGAUUAAGUUUUUUUUUUCAAUUUCAGUUAGAAUACAUGUAUUACAUUUUUCCUGUGCUCACCUACAAUCACUUAAAAUGAAUGAUAAACGUUAUCUACUAAAAGGUGAGAUUGUUAAUAAGGGAUUGUCUACCUAUUUUUUGUUCCAUCAUUACCUCUCCAGACAAGGUACUUUCCUAAUACAUUCAUUGAGACUGCAGAAUGCUCUGCUCGAGGCUAGGUGGCUGAAGCGAGAGAUGUAUACACCACGACCAUGAGACGAUUGAGGCACCUCCGAAAACCUGCCCUGGAAGAUGGCAAAUUGGAAAUGGCCGAACCAAGGUGGGUACGGGCGUACAACAACCCUAUACCAUCGGAUUUGGUAAUUGGCCAACUGUUACAGGUACAAAGUUUAAUAUCAACCAAAUGGUCAUGGGACAUCUCUGAGGAUGAUAGACACACAGUGAUGGCUGAUUGGACUACACAAAAUGGUGAGUGGGAUUGGGGCAGACUCAAGCAGAUGCUACCUGAUUAAAUGCUUGUGGCUAUUGCAGGUAUUGAGGCACCAAACCCCAACCUUGGUGAAGACGUGAACAUUUGAGGACUGGAAAAGGAUGGUCGUUUCAGAUUGAGGUCAGCAUACAACCUGCUUGCUGGUGAAGAGGAAGAUGAACCUGAAAGCUGCUGGAAGGACCUCUGGCAAUGGAAGGGUCCCAACAGGAUCAAGCACUUCUUGUGGCUUGUUGUGCAAGGCAGGAUCACAAACAAGGAGAGAACCAGAAGAAAGAUCUCUACCAAUAGUCAAUGCAACUUCUGCAAAGACCAGGAGGAAACCAUCGAGCACAUCCUCAGGAGCUGCACAAGGCUAAGAGUAUGUGGGGUAAGUUCGGUGGCAAAUGUGUGGCCAACAACAUGAACCUUCCCAUGCACGAUUGGCUUAUGGCUAAUAUUAGACAUCAAGGUACAGGGAUUGAAUUUGGCAUCAUUGUCUGGCAUCUAUGGAAGCAACGAAAUGAGGAGGUGAUGGAAGGUAAAAGCUACUCCAAAGACGACUUAUCUGCUAGAAUUCAAGCAUGGUUCUGCAUUAUUGAACAAGCCAAACGUAACAUGCAGAAGACCACCUGUUCUAACUCUGCUACUGUCCAGAGCAGACUUGUUUGCUGGGAACCCCCUAGAGAAGGCUGGAUUCAAAUUCAGUCCGAGACAGGGAAAGCAGCAGCAGGGGGUCUCUUCAGAGACUUCUUGGGAAGAUGCAAAGGGGCCUAUGUCUGCAACCUGGGUUCAUGUUCUAUCAUGGCUGCAGAGCUCAAAGGUGCCUUGGAAGGCUUUAAAAUUGCUUGGAAUGAAGGCUACCGUAAGAUUGAGCUAAAGCUUGACUCUACUAUUGCAGUUGACAUCAUCAAACAAUGCGACAGAGAUGAUCAUAGGCAUGGAAGCAUUGCCAAGCAGUUUGCUUUACUUUUUAGUCUGGAUUGGGAUCUUUGUGUUUCUCAUGUGUUUAGGAAAGCGAAUUUUGCAGCCGAUUUGAUAGGUCAAAAGCGUAUAGCUUCAAUUCCUAUCUUGUAGUAAAACCGGAAAGUCCGAUUUCGUCUCUCAGGGACUGGUACAACCUAAUGAUUUAUUGAUUCUAUAGAGCAAACUACAGGUGAAAAUGGUUUAAUGAGAAUAAUUAUCUAAAAGCAAAAUAAACUAAACAAAUUAAGCAAGUGAAAACUGUCGGGUUUAAUUCAAUGGGAGAAAGCUCUAGGAGAAACACCGGGAUUCACUACCUAUCCUAUCCAGAUUAAUUCACAUAUUCCAAUCAGUUAUCCUAUCCAGAUUAAUUCACAUAUCUCUACAGCCAGGAUAUCACGAAUGUGCUAGCUAUCCCUGUCGGGAAUUACUACGUACUAAACAAUUAAAUCAAAU